ACAGCUCACACAGGGAACUUUACAGGAUAAUAGGAAUUUAUUUCUCCUCUCACAUUAUAACAUGGAGGUGGCAUUCUGUGCCAAGGAAGUUAGCGGCCAUGCAACCUCAAUGUUGGCAAGUCUGAGCCUCCAGAGAGAACAAGCUCAGUUCUGUGACUGUGUGGUCAGACAGAGACAGAGUCCAGGUCAGCUCUACCCUGCGCACAGGUGUGUCCUGGCAGCUUCAAGUCCAGUGUUGGCAUCCAUCUUGUCCUCUACUGGUGCCCUGGUGGAACUGCAGGCCCCAUGUCUGUCCGACUCUGUACUGGAACUUCUUUUGGACUACAUUUACACAGGGGUUUUGCCAUACCCUUGUAGCCAGCGAAAGUAUUCCAAUCUGCUCAGUGCUGCCCGCCACCUGCAGAUGGAUGAACUGCAGGAGGCUCUGGAGGCUUGGCAGCAGACUGAGGUGAAUGAUACAGCUAAACCAAAAGCUUCCACUGGAGCUGAGAAGGAGGGAAGAUCUACAUGUAGAAGUGGCAACAUAAAUUGUGCAAACUGCAGUAGUGGAAACAAUACAAGCACUUUAAGCAAUGCAAGUGUCUGUUGUAGAAUAUCUGAAAGCACCGUCAAUACAGUUAAUUGCAUACAAGUAACUAAUUUGAUACCUCAGGAUUUGGUUCAACAUAUGCCCUGCAGCAGUGAAGUGCAAGAUGUGUCUAGAGUGGAUAAAGAGGGGCAAAAGGAUCAGUUUCACUCAGCUGGCACUUUAGAACUACAAACUUGGCAGAAGAGCAAAGAAGAGAAGCUUAUGGAGGAAAGGAGGAACUUGUAUUUACCUUGCACUGAUGAGGUGCAGGAGGAAGAGAGGAGCCGUGGGGAGCAGACGCAGCAACUGUGUUUGACAGUGAGACAUAAAGCAGAGGAGGAGCAAACUAACAGAAAAGAGGAAAAUAAAACUAAAAACCACCACUCUCCCCUUCGUCUUCUCUCAACCUCCUUCCUUCCUGUCUGUACAUCCCAAAAGGACAGUGGUUCUCCCUCACAGUGCGCUUCCUUGUCCUCAUCACCAUCCUCUCUGUGCUGCGGGGCAGUGCCUGUCAUCUGUCACAGCAGUAGAGCAGCUAUGCUCCAGCUGGCAGAGGUGUCUACAAUGCCGCCUUAUCCAGGAUACCAGGCCUCAGCAAGCUCCUGCAGCAGGGCCCCUGUCUCACGAUCAACAAGCACAGACAAUGACAGCAUUGUUGAAGGUAUUACCACUAAACACAAAAAUCGUUAUGGGGCACAGAAUCAGGAUUACACAAAGAAUAAAGACCACUUUGCAACACAGAGUUGGGAUUACAAGAGUGAUAAUAACAAAAAGCGUCAUAGGGAUGACUCAGUGCUACUUAGUUGUGAUGAUUUCCCCUCCAAACACCAGCGAUUGGAAUGUACUUAUAGCCAUGAUGCCUCAUUGGCGACUGCAGCAAAGGAGCAGUCCAUUCACUCUCAAGAUCCGAGAACUUUAGUUACACUUCCUGUAGACGACUCAGACACAGGAAGUGACUCUCUCUUUGAGGAUCUCUCUCCCAAGGGAGAAGCGAAAAAGGAACACAGUUACUCUAGCUGGUGUACAGAUGAAAUAGAUGGACAGGACAGCCACUUUAACCUCUAUGGACCUAAGACGGAUUGGUAUCCAAACUCACAUAGAGCUGAGAAAAUUACCAAAGACACUGCCUCUUGGCAGCAUGAAAAGGACUCCGACUACAGCGACACAGCUAUGACAGACAAAAGACACAGUGCUGAUGUGUGUCUGCCUGCUUCUGCCUCACCAGAAUCAAGUUGGGAUAAUGCCUCAGAUUGCCACACUUCCCGGGAACUGGAAAAGAUUUCAGACACUGAGAUCGCAGAGCCACACAUAGCUUUUACAAAGCCUGUGGACAGCAACAUGUCUGACCCUACAUACAGUGUUGCGGGGCAGUCAUAUCAUGGACAUCUUCAUUAUCACUGCCUGUCUCAGGAGGACACAUAUUUCACACACAGAGACUCUGAUCACAACCACUCCAACCCCGGCCACCCUGUCCAUUUAAAUUGUGAUCAUUCAGACCAAUCCAGUGAUGAGGAUGAGGCUGGGACCUUUGCCAGUCCAGGUCACAGUCGUCAGAGGAAGCACUUUGCCACAGGGACUACAGACCAGGUUCUACUGCUGGACAUUAGCAACAAACCUGCAGAGUUGCUAGUGUCCUACAAACACAGACCUGGCGAAGGAGAGAAAGGGGUUGGUAAACAGGACACAAAUGGGACUGAGGUUGGGAAUAAUGAUAGAGAGCAACAGAGUGAAACAACAUUUGUAGCAGGGGUUGGCAAGGGAGAAAUUGGAGUUCAAUUUGAGACUGACAGCUUUGAUGAGGCUAAGACAAAAUUUGGGGUAAGAGAGAUAAAUAUUAAAGAAAGAAAAGCUGUUGGUAAAGAUCAAAGCAGGCCAGGGGCUGAGGUUAUACAUAAAGCUGGCUCUUUGGAUAUAGAGGAGGUAUCCAGCGCUAGAGAGGGUGAAAAAACAAGUACCUUGACAGUCUGCACAACUCCUAGUGUGUCAGACUCUGUGCAAGCCUCCAUGUCAUCUACCUUGUCUGUCUGCAUACCUUCUACCCUUUCAGCCAGCAUGCCAACAAAUAUAUCAGCUCAUCUGUCAACUCCUGUUCACCACCCUUUCCAGUGCUCUCUAUGCGACCGUUCCUUCAGCCAGCGAGGCUCUCUGAAUAGACAUGUGCGAAGCCACCUUGGCGUACGGCCCUUCCCCUGCCCCCGCUGCCCUAUGACCUUUUCACGCCAGUACCGUGUCACAGAGCACAUGCGUGUUCAUGAGCGCUGUGCCCCUGGGAAUGACUUUCAAAAGCACCCUGCCUCUUGAAAUUAAGACAAUGCAGAGAGGCCACAAAAAUUUAAUUUAUUGUCCAAUCAUUGAAGGACUAUAUCACUCAGCUUCUACUGGUUUGUUUACCAUAACUCAAGAUAAAAAUAUAUAUAUAUUUCCAUACUUUUCAAAAAUAUGGAAUGAAUUUUUGAGAUAAAGUUCUGAAAUUAAUUUCAGAAUUCAUGGCUGUCUACUUUCUCCAGAGGCCAACAGCAGGAGUUAGCCCUGAUAAGAAAGAUAGAGGAAAAAGGAAAAAGGCAGAAUAUAUAUAUGUAUAAAACAGAACUAUAUGUUACCUGCCCAGCACUAAAGAGACGACAAAGCUAAAUAGUUGAAAAUUUAACAGCUAAAGAGCCAGAUAUUUCCUUCAGGAGACAGUGGAGACUUAAGACAGAGCUAAAAAGAGAAUAAAUAUUUAACUGUUACUUAUGGUAGAAACAUGACUUCAAAUGAGUGCUAAUGUUGCUCCUUAUCUGCUGGAUGUGGAUUUGGGAACUGUUGGCUAACAAGUUUGCCAUAUACGAAUGAGGCAUUAUGAAUCACUGGCUAUAAUGCCAGUUUUUGACCAACAGAAUUUUUAAAAUUUUAUGACCAGAAACACCAAAAGUCCCUUCAGCGUGUCUGAUGAUGCACAGAAAUGAUGAAUGAGGUGUAAUAGGACAGAUAGUUAUAGGAUGGAUCAGAUAUGUUCUCAUUUAUUCUAUGUGGCUGUCAACACUACAACUACUAAAAAAAUAACAUAACUCAGCUG